ACAAUUCACGUUCUUUUUAUUCGUCGGAUUUUCGUUUCUGCAAUGAAGCUGCACCGGCUUUCUCCUGUUUUCUCUGUCUUUCACUUCUCGGUCUCAGUCUUACUUAAACUUUCGGUGCUGUUAGCAGGAUGCACGUUAAUUAAAAGCUUUAAUUGUUUCGUGCAACUCUCUUGUGUGUGACUUUUCCCAUUUGUUUAUUUCAGGCCCCUCCAAGGCAUUCCUUACUCACAAUGUAUAGGACAAAAGUCAGCUUGAAAGACCGUCAGCAACUUUAUAAACUAAUAAUUAGUCAGCUAUUGUAUGAUGGAUACAUAAAUAUUGCCAAUGGCUUAAUAAAUGAGAUAAAACCACAAUCAGUGUGUGCGCCAUCUGAACAACUGCUGCAUCUUAUUAAAUUAGGGAUGGAGAAUGAUGACAGUGCUGUUCAAUAUGCAAUUGGACGGUCAGAUACAGUAGCUCCAGGCACAGGAAUCGACUUAGAAUUUGAUGCAGAUGUACAGACCAUGUCUCCUGAGGCCUCUGAGUAUGAGACUUGUUACGUCACGUCUCAUAAGGGACCGUGUCGUGUAGCAACAUAUAGCAGAGAUGGACAGCUAAUAGCUACGGGAUCUGCUGAUGCCUCAAUAAAAAUUCUUGAUACGGAGAGAAUGCUGGCCAAAAGCGCUAUGCCUAUCGAGGUCAUGAUGAAUGAGACAGCACAGCAGAACAUGGAAAAUCACCCUGUUAUUCGGACUCUGUAUGAUCAUGUGGAUGAGGUUACAUGUUUAGCUUUUCAUCCUACAGAGCAGAUCCUAGCAUCUGGUUCAAGGGACUACACACUUAAAUUGUUUGACUAUUCAAAACCUUCUGCCAAAAGAGCCUUCAAAUAUAUACAGGAAGCAGAGAUGUUGCGCUCAAUCUCUUUCCAUCCUUCUGGAGAUUUCAUACUUGUGGGUACCCAGCACCCUACUUUGCGACUCUAUGAUAUCAAUACUUUCCAAUGCUUUGUGUCUUGCAAUCCUCAAGACCAGCACAUCGAUGCCAUAUGUUCGGUGAAUUACAACGCGAGUGCAAACAUGUAUGUGACAGGAAGCAAGGAUGGAUGCAUCAAACUAUGGGAUGGUGUUUCAAAUCGCUGCAUCACUACUUUUGAGAAGGCACAUGAUGGAGCUGAAGUCUGUUCUGCUAUUUUUUCCAAAAAUUCAAAGUAUAUCUUGUCAAGUGGAAAAGACUCUGUAGCUAAACUGUGGGAGAUAUCUACUGGUCGGACGCUGGUCAAGUACACAGGAGCUGGUUUGAGUGGACGUCAAGUGCACAGGACACAAGCAGUCUUCAACCACACAGAAGACUACGUGCUGCUGCCAGAUGAAAGGACCAUAAGUCUCUGCUGCUGGGAUUCAAGAACUGCUGAGCGAAGAAAUCUCCUUUCUCUUGGGCACAACAGCAUCGUCCGCUGUAUUGUCCAUUCUCCCACCAACCCUGGCUUCAUGACAUGCAGUGACGACUACAGGGCUAGAUUUUGGUACAGAAGGUCAACGACAGACUAAGGACAUCUUUAUGAAAGAAUGAUUAUCCAGAUUCCUUAUAUCAUCUUGUAUUGAUUGUAUUGCCGACAGAUGCCUAAAUGAGAGCUACGCUGUGUCUGUUUUUUGUUGUUUUGUGUUUUAAUUCUGUCAGAUGGCAGAAAAAUAUUGAAAUACUGAAACUUAAGUUUUGCCCCACGCUAAUUUUUUUUAUUAGUGUGCGUGGCAUUAAUUUUUUUAAGUCAUCUCUGAUUUUACUCAAGGAGUUGGGGUGCGGAAUAAAAUGAUCCUUGCAGGAAGGAUUAAACUUACUCUCCUGUCUUUCUGAAUCCUGCGAAAGAUAAUGUGACUAAAUCUUGCUCAAACUGGGCAGUGUGAGCCAGUUUUGCUCUGCAUUGUAUCUGUGCAAUCCCCCUAAAGUCUGUUUAAAGAAUGGAUUACACGAGCAACGGUAGAACUCGGCGAAUGUUUUAGUGAAGCCUUAAGCCGUCUUCAGUUCUGAUUCAUGCUUUGAAGCUCUUUUAUAUUUUUCAGUCUCUUUCCCUCAGUUGGCUAAGUGGGCCUCUGAUUCUGAGUCGCUUUUGUGCCAUAAGAAUUUGAAACGUGGUUUUAAAUUGUUCAGAUGAAUUGAAGAAAUGGUGUUCUAGUUCUGAUAUUAAAGUUCAGACUUGAAAACUUGUCUUCUUUACAAUUUAUCUUAAGUGUAAUCUUAAAGUAAAUUCAAGGAAUAUUACACUGAAGCUAUUAAGUGUGGCAGUGCUGCAGCAUAUGAAAGUGAGAAUAACCUGGCAAUAGGAACUGUUCAGUGACUCCUCUGAGAAACUUGUAACGUCAAUUUUCUUCAUAUGUAUGUCAGAAAUGUAAGUUUGCUUCGUUUAGUUCACAUUCUGUCAGUGUGUCACACAGCAAUUGAGAUACUUCCUUGAAUUUAAAAACACAGACUCAUUGUUUCUUCUGCCUGUUGUGUCUGAUAGUCUGAGUUUCCAGAUCUUAACUGCAUUCGUUAGAAGUACAAAUCAGCAAGAAGUCUGUGGUUAAAACUCCUGUACAUUUGAAAAUUCACUACAUGUUCUUAUAGAUGAGGUUUGUUAUCCGGUCUUUGCAGUUUUAAGAGUGUUCAUUCAGGCAUUCUAUCUGCAGCAUAGUGGUACAGUGCUUUUCAGAUUCACAUUUGGGAGUGUGUUUCCUUUAGUCAUAAGCUCAGCACUUGCUUUCAUUAAAUGUAUGGUUGUUUAUUAAUGUUGGGUUAACUUUCCAUUGCCAUUAAGUGUCUUGUCAAGGGCUGAUGAGGAUGCAGGUUUUGUCUAUAUAUAAAUAAAGGUGAUCUUUUAAAAAAUUAUUUAAUAUAUAAAGAAGGAAAUGUAUUAGUUUUCUAUAUAAAAGAUAGUAAAAGUACUGGAAGGGUAGGAUUUGGGAUGUGUUACAGUCUGAAUCACUCUGUUGCACUGCAUUCAAAUCAGACAAUUGUAGACCUGCAGUGUUGAAUGUUUCAUUUUUGUUGUUCUUCUAAAUUUAAUAUUCUUCUUAAAUCCUACAGCAGUACAGAACAAAUUUAUUAAACUUAGCAAUUUUCUACAUCAA